AUGGUUUCGUCAUCGAGCAUUUCGGCGCUGGUCACCUUCGUCUUCGCCGCAGCUGAGCUGUCGAGUGCAUUCCCCAUCGCUUACCCGCUGGCGGGCUCAGAAGGUACGUCGAAAGCUCAAGAACUCGACAUUUUGUUUAAUUUCGAACCCAGUCGGACCCGUUGAAACUCCCGUGUAGCGCCACACUGACCCAUUCUUCGGCCCGUUCCUCCGGCGCUUUCCUCCCCAACAGGAGCCGAGUCACGUCUGUUUGCUCGCGGGACGAGCUGCAACAAGAAGGCGGACUGCAACAACGUCUCGCGGCCACGUAAUUCGUUCAGCCAAUGCAAGAGCGGUGUCUGCACAUUUCAAUGCUCAACAGGCUACUUCUGGAACGCCAAAACUUCUCUGUGUCAGAUGAAGUCCGGCGUAAUCGCUAGCAGUGUCGCCGCCGCCGCCGCCGCCACAACUACACGAGGGCCGAUCCCCAAUCCUAAGGCUUGGAGUGCCACACCUACUACGACCACCCCCCCUGCUGCUUCGACGACUCCAGCAGGUCCCGACGAGAGCUACAUGGUCGAUGCCAAGAUCUCGUCGACAGGCAUCACGGGCUUCAACGCCAAGUCGCUCGGGUGGAAUACAAACGCGAUCAUGUCGUGGUUCCGAACAGAUUCGACGCAGGAUUCGACCAACAGACACAGUUGGUGCUACAACGUCUAGUGAGCCCGAGAGUCUUUCAAUUUGAUCGGGAUUUGGGACAUGAAUCUAAUGCUUCCAUUUCAUUUGAUCGCGCAGCGACAACUCGCAGCCCGGAUUCGCGCCGGACGUUUCAGUGAUGCUCGCCAACUUCCAGUGGUCCAACACCCUCGCUGGAGCAGCUUGUAAGCAAGAGCCCGACCUUCGUCCGUUCUCGUUCGAAAACUGACCAUCACGUUCCCUUCCAGACUGUGGCCUCGAAGCCGAAUUCGUUCUCCCCAACGGGAAGACGACCAAGUUGAUCCUGAUGGACGGCUUUGACACCAAAUGGGUCAAGACCCCCUCGAGCAUCGACGUCAUCUACGACACCUUCAUGGACCUCUGGGGAUUGACGAUGAAUGACAAGAACAGCGUUUUCCAAGGUGUCAAGUGGAGGUUCACGGGCCGACGGGAUUCGAGGUACCUGUUCAACACUCGCAACUAG